UAGUUUCUCUUUCUUUUUCUGCGCUCAAACUUUCGUUUCUCUAGCUUGCAGUAGGAAGUACCUUAAAGUUCUGGAUUGGUGCGUCAAUUCUCCGUGAUUUACAGCCUUCGGGUGUCUGGUGGUUGGUUGAGCAAUAUUAGGGGACCGAGUUUUGGAGGACUUUUGAAGAAAAACAUCGCUUUUGCUUGAGCACCUGAGCAGGGGUGUCAGAAGUCAGGACAGGCAGACACAGGAUCACAGCAACCAUGGCUUCAGAAUUCUUGAUGAAUGUAAAGGAGGAGGUGACCUGUCCUAUCUGUCUGGACCUCAUGGUGGAACCUGUGAGUGCUGAUUGUGGUCACAGCUUCUGCCGAGCCUGCAUCACAUUGAACUGUGAGUCUAUUAAAGGCAAAGAGGGAGAGUUCACCUGCCCUGUGUGCCGAGUGAGUUACCUGUUUGGGAAUCUGAGGCCUAAUCGACAUUUGGCCAACAUAGUGGAGAGGCUCAAGGGGUUCAAGUCCAGCCCAGAGGGGGAGCAGAAGUUGAAUGUCUGUGCAAGGCAUGGAGAGAAACUGCAGCUCUUCUGUGAGAAGGACAAGGUGGCCAUCUGCUGGCUUUGUGAGCGAUCUCAGGAGCACCGUGGUCACCAAACAGCUCUCAUCGAAGAGGUGGCCCAAGACUACAAGGGGAAGCUCCAGGCAGCUCUGCAAAAGCUGAUGGCAGACAAGAAAGAAUUGGAGAACUGGAAAGAUGACCUUCAAAAGGAGAGAACUUUCUGGGAGAAUCAAAUACAGAAAGAUGUAGAAAAUGUUCAGAUGGAGUUUAGAAGACUGGGAGACAUCCUGGACUCUGAGGAGAAGAAUGAGGUGCAGAAGCUGAUGCAAGAGAAGAAAGACAUUAUGAACAGCCUGGCAGAGUCUGAAAAUAAGCAUGCCCAGCAAAGCAAGUUGCUAGGAGACCUCAUCUCAGAUGUGGAGCAUCACUUGCAGUGCUCAACCAUGGAAAUGCUGCAGGGUGUGGAUGGCAUCAUAAAAUGGAGUCACAGUUUUUCACUCACGAAGUCCAAAACCAUCCCCAAGGAAGGAAGAAGAGUGUUCAGAGCCCCUGACCUGCGAGGCAUGCUGCAGGUGCUGCAAGAGCUCAUAGAGGCCCAACGCUACUGGGUUCAAGUGACACUGGUCAAGAACAACAAUCCAAACAUUGCCAUUACCGAGGACAAGAGACAAAUAAGAUAUGAAGACCGUCAAACAAGAAAUUUUGCACCCGGGGGUGAGAGCUGUCAUGAAGGUGUCCUGGGCUACCCAGCUAUCCAGUCAGGAAAACAUUAUUGGGAAGUAGAUGUGUCUGGAAAAGGUGCCUGGGUUCUGGGAUUAAGUGAUGGAAGCUACCUCUUCAAUCCGAUAUUUCGUGCAAAUGCUGAAAGACACCUAGAUCCCUUAUUCCGCUUGGGUAUUAGUAAUGAUUCACGUUAUCAACCUAGAUAUGGCUUCUGGGUUAUAGGGCUGUGGAAUAAGUGCGUGUAUAAUGCCUUUGAGGAGUGUGCUUUCACAGGCAAGCCCAGUGUCUUGACUCUAUCUCUGAUGGUUCCUCCCUGUCGUGUUGGCAUUUUCCUUGACUAUGCAGCUGGCACCCUCUCGUUUUACAAUAUUUCCCACCAUGGGACUCUCAUCUAUAGAUUCUGUGCAAAUUCCUUUCCUGAUAGGGUUUUCCCAUAUUUUAAUCCUAUGGGAUGUUCAGAGCCAAUGACAGUGUGCUGGUCAGACUCUUAAACCUUCAUCUAUUUCUGUGCAGGGCCUCUGGCUCUGGUGUGUAUCUCAUAUGCCUGAACUCCUGGACACCAUUUUACCCUUUAUUUUAUAUAUAUACCUAUAGAUAUAUUUUUUUCUGUCUCUAGUCUUUCUCUGUGAACAUCUUUCACUGGUAAAUAGGAUAUAUUCAUUUCUUUGGGCAUAUUCUCCAGAUCCUUGUUUUGUUUUUGUUUUUGUUGAGAAUAGUAAAUCAUGUCCCAUAUGUUCCAGGACAAAUAUUUGAGUCCUCACUGUGUAAGAUAUCUCUGCUGCCAAGUUCUUCUUUUGUUCUCUGUGCCCAAGAUGGAUCCCAAGCGCUGCACCACUGAGCCACUUCCCUCUGUUUUGUCUGUAUAACCCCUUCUGCUCAUCAAUGGAAGAAGAUUAAAGAAAGCUCUUUAACAACUUGUCCAUUCAUUUUGAGAAUUCUGUGUAGGAGUCCAUGGUUAAAAAAAUGCACCCUUGCGGGCCAGUAAUGGUACACACCUUUAAUCCCAGCACUUGGGAGACAGAGGAUCUCUGUAAGUUCAAGGAGGCCAGCCUGGUCUGCAGAGCUUGUUCCAGGACAGCUAAGGCUACACAGUGAAAUCCUGUCUUGAAAAACAAAAACAACAAAAAAGAAGUGUACCCUUAGCAGUAGGCUGUUUUCGCCAUGAUGCUUCUUCAUCAAGGAAUUAAGGAGAGAACAUCACAAAUGAUACACACUGAAGUAGAUGAUGUGCUCACUUAGGCAGCAAGUCUACUAAAAGUAGAAUGGUAACAGAUAAAAUUAAUACGACCCCUGCCCAAGGAUGACACACAAAUUCAUGCUGUUCCUUUUGUUUGUUUUUGUUUUUUGUUUUUCGAAACAUGGUUUUUCUGUAUAGCUCUGCUUGUCUUGGAACUCUCCUUGUAGAUUAGGCUGGCCUCGAACUCAGAGAGAUCUGUCUGCCUCUGCCUCCCAAGUGCUGGGAUUAAAGCCAUGUGACACAACUGCCUGGCACAUGUUCCAUAUUUUUGAAGAACAUUAAUGUCCUGAAACAGAGAGAGACAGACAAACACACACACACACACACACACACACACACACACACACACACACACACCACACACACACACACAGAGCACGACAGAGAGAGAUUGAGAGAGAGAGUAGACCAUGUGUAUCCAGAGGACUUAAGUUCGAGUCCUGGUUCUAAACAUGCCAGCAGUCCCAGCAUGAAUAACACACUUAACAGAUGUGCUUAUUCUUUUAUAUAUAAUUUUGGUGUAAAUAUUGCAGGUGCCUCAAGCCAGUGUAAGAAAAUAAAUAUGAAGCUGGCAAUAUAGUUGAGUGGGUAAUAGACCUUGUCCCCAAGCCUGGGCACCUGAAUUUGAUCCCCUGAACCCAUACUCCUACCACCUGUCUUCUGAAUUCCAUACAUAUGCUGUGGCAGAUAGAGGCCCAGACACAGACAUAAACACAAAAUAAGCAAAUACAGUUUUUUAAUAAAAAGAAACUCGGUAAGUAUAGAGCAUCCACUGAAGUACCUCAGUGUUUACUCUGUUAAUUACUGUAAGAUAUACACUGUAUUGUAGUAUCCUGUGAAGCCAAGGAAAAUGGGGAACACGGAUUGCUUUCACCAAGUCUUGAUUCCUAGUCCCUAGAUAACUACUAUCAUGGCCUGAUCACUCUAGGUUGCUCGUGGCUAUUGUAUGCUUCUUUUUUUUUUUUUUUCACACUUAAGGGUAAUUUUUGUGUUGUCAUAUAUUGGUCCUUAUCGAGUACUAAAUUUUGUGAUAUUCAGGCUUUUAGUAAUAAUGACAACACCGGCAAAUUUAUCUUUCACUGUAUAAUAAAACAUAAACAACAGAGUAUUACUAGGGACUUGCCUUGUCUCAGCAGUCCAGUAUGGUGUCUUAUUCCAUUUGGGGGAGGGGGCACGGUCCUUAUCACUGUGACUAAAAUAAAUGAUUAUUAAGAUGUGUAUCAGAACUUUGUGUGGUAGCACAUCUGUGCCAUCCCUGCACCUGGGGGGUUAUGGCAGGAGCAUUGCUAUGCAUUUGAAGGCAGGUUCAUAGAGUAAGACUCCAUUAAGAAAGUAAAGAAUAUAUACUGUUUUACUUCAGAAUCACUACUCUACUUUGUUUUAAGAAAUGGAAUAACUAGAUUGCAAAAUCCCAGAUUUUUUUUCUGUUUUCACUAUUUGUAAAUGUUUCUGUUUGUUAAAAAUAAAUAUUCUUAACUUCA